GCUAGGCUGUAGCUACCUUGCGCGUCUACAUAGUACACAUUUGCCUACAGCGCCAGUAAUUUGAGAACAAGAGCUUCUUCAACACCUACAAACUACAUUUGAGUCCAUCACCACCUGAACAAAUAUCCCAAAAUGGAGGUAUUGUUAGGAAUCACCGGCAAGGACUUUACCUUAAUCGCAGCUUCUAAAGCUGCGAUGCGGGGAGCAACCAUCCUCAAAGCCUCUGAUGACAAGACGAGAUCGCUCAACAAGCAUACACUAGUUGCAUUCUCCGGCGAGGCUGGCGAUACGAUCCAAUUCUCGGAGUAUAUCCAGGCAAAUGCGCAGCUCUAUUCGAUGCGAAACGAGACAGAUUUAUCACCUACGGCGUUGGCACACUAUGUCCGCGGUGAGCUCGCAUCAAGCUUAAGAUCUAGAAAGCCGUACAACGUCAACCUGCUACUAGGAGGUGUCGACCCCAUCACUCACAAGCCCAGCCUAUUCUGGCUGGACUACCUUGCAGCUCUCGCAUCUGUUCCCUAUGCUGCCCACGGCUACGCACAGUACUACUGCCUAUCGAUCCUGGACAAGCACCACCACCCGGAUAUGACAUUUGUGCAAGGACUUAAGGUGCUCGAGAUGUGUACAGACGAACUGAAGCGACGUUUACCUAUUGAUUUCAAAGGCAUGACGGUCAAGGCGGUUACAAAAGACGGCAUUCGGGAGAUUGAGUUCAACGACGACAAGAUCGUUAAGUGUGCAUAAAGCAAUAUCAUUUUCUAGCUGGCAACCCCACGUGUAACAUUAGGAUUCUAGGCUGGACGAGAAAUCGCACAACAGCCUAGUAGCCAAGUCACAGGCUGGCCUAUGAAAUCUA